AUGGUCUUGGGCACUUAUGUUGUUAGCGCCCAGCGAUCGACUAGUUGCAGUUUAAAAAGCCAGCGACGCAUGGUAGGAACGAUUGGCAAUACUCCUACUGUAUUAGUCCAGUUCUCCAGCGGCUACAAGAAGCAAUGUAGCCAAGAGAUCGAUCGAAGACCCUUUGCUUCCGAAAUAUCCGGUCAUGCCACGAGGUACUAG